GAGUAUCUGAUUCCUGGGACGUAAGCGUACCGUGGCUCCAUCAGAAUCAAAAUCAAUUAAAACCCACAGAAAGGAACCGAUCGGUGCUUCCAUUCUGUUUCAUGUAGUUAUGAGUAUGAAGAGCCAAAUUCACUUGCAGUUGCCGAGUAGGCAGCCGCUUUUUCCUUCUUCAACUACUUUGAGGACACUCCCGAAAGAUUGGGAACGAAAAGAUCGGAAACCUAUCCUCCUUCAUUUCCUGCGAAAAUGCUCCAACACUCCAUUAAUAUUAUUGUCAGCUUCGAAUUCUCUACAUUACCAUGGUUCUUACUGUUCGAUUCCCCCACCAGGUAAGAGCUCCAGAUCUUCUGUGGGGAGAUGUCUACCAGAAAAAGCUUCUGAUUCCUUCGAAUCGUCAGAAACAGUCCACGAGCUCACUCAGGAGAUCAUAAAAAAUGAGAGUGGCGUGUUGCAGAUUUUAAAGGGAGCGAACUCUAUUCUCCCCCAUGUAGUCUUUGCAAGUACAGUGUUGGCUCUUGUUUUUCCUCCUUCUUUCACAUGGUUUACAAACAGGUACUACGCACCAGCACUUGGAUUUUUGAUGUUUGCUGUUGGAAUUAAUUCGCGUGAAAAGGAUUUUAUUGAAGCCUUUAACAGACCUGCUGAGAUUUUCGUGGGAUAUGUUGGUCAGUUCAUUAUAAAGCCUAUCCUUGGAUACUUUUUUGGUACAAUUGCUGGAACAGUUUUCCAUCUCCCAACUCCUAUAGGUGCUGGUAUUAUGUUGACUUCUUGUGUUAGUGGGGCUCAGCUCUCAAAUUAUGCAACUUUUUUGACGGAUCCUUCCUUGGCACCUCUAAGCAUUGUUAUGACAUCAUUAUCUACUGCCACGGCUGUGUUUGUUACACCAUCCUUGUCACUGUUGCUUAUUGGGAAAAGGUUGCCCGUUGAUGUUAAAGGAAUGAUCUCCAGUAUUAUGCAGAUUGUAGUGUCACCAAUUGCUGCUGGGCUGCUUUUGAAUAGGUUUCUUCCCAAGUUUUGUGAUGUCAUCCGCCCAAUAUUGCCUCCACUAUCAGUGUUUGUGACGGCCCUUUGUGUUGGUUCACCACUGGCAAGAAACAUAGAUGCUGUUAUGUCACCAUUCGGAGUAAUCAUUUUGUUGCUCGUUAUUGGAUUUCACUUAUCAUCAUUUGUAGCUGGGUAUGCCCUUACAGGUCUUGUCUUCCAGAAGGCAUCUAAUGUGAAAGCCCUGCAAAGAACAAUAUCCUUUGAAACAGGAAUGCAAAGCAGUCUUCUAGCUCUUGCACUAGCAAACAGGUUUUUCCAAGAUCCACUUGUGGGUGUUCCUCCAGCCAUAUCUGUUGUGAUCAUGUCUCUCAUGGGAUUCUCUCUCGUUAUGCUGUGGACCAGGAAGAGAGAAAUUCCAGCGUAAAUGAAUAAUAUGCCCUCAAUGUGUUACCUAGCCAGUCUUUGAUGAGUCAAUCAAGUAGUUGUUCUGGGCUCCAGUGGCAUCACUCUUGUUAGUGAUGCAUGCGAGGUGGAAAGUCAUUAACAGUUCUCAUGUAUGUCUGAAAGGAGUGUAGUUUAAUAGCUGCAGUUUCAUCUGUUCAUUGCUUGAUCACGUGUAUUUCGCACUCAUCCAGAAAUCCAAAUGAGUUCUGCA